CAGUUUGUAGAAAAAACGAAGGGUGGUGAGUAUAAAAUUAAUGACAUUUUUUAUUGGAGUUUUGGAAUAAACAUCGGAAAUGAGAAAUAAGAUAAAAUGCAAAUAUUGAAAACACAAAAAACAAGAAUUGUGUGAUCAAUAUCCGUCCAAACCAAGUAAUAAUAAUCACAACAAGCUAUAUCAGCUCAAAUUUCUGUGUUUACCUUAUCCAAAAUUCACACGCGGUUUCUCUGUUUUCGAGUCCUACUGUCGUGGAAAAAUACUUUUACUACUGUUUUUGUCUUUGUAUUGAUUACAUUAAUCAUCAUGGUUCAGAGCUGGCGUCUUUCUUAUAAUUCUAUUCAAUAACCCGAUCUAAUCGGCGUAGUCUACAACAUCGGUCGUUCUGGCUAAUCUCCCACCGGGAAUAAACCAUUGUUCUUUCUUUCUGCGCAUCAUUUCUCCUGCAGGACCACUCUGCAGCUACUUCUUUUCGUAAAGCUUUAUCAUUUCAAAGAAUUGUUUUCGUCUCCGUCCUCUGACUUUCCACCCGUGCGGGUGUGUGACACUUCUGGCUGACGCCGGCAGGGUUUCCCCUGCUGUCUUACUGGAGAUCGGCCGCUGUGUGCGCGCUGAUAAGCUUCGCAGGAGCACAGCGCAGCGCAGCAGCAGCAGCGCCGGCGGCGGGAGGCGCAUCGCGGCAGGUGCGCCCUCCUCCUCCUCCACCACCGCCUCCUCCUCCUCCUCCUCCUCCUCAGCAUCCUCCUCGUGGUUCUUGUCUCCGCCCUCCCGCUGCUCGUUUCACGCUGCGAGGAUUUAAGCGGGCCCGCCGAAAUGGUGAAGGCUUUCUGAGACUGACAGAUUUCAAAACUUGACGGGUUUCGGGUUUCGCAGAGAGAUGAACUCCGAAGUGGAUUACGGAGGCUCCGGGAGCAGCGGCAACGGGAAGCUGCGCCAGUGGCUCAUCGAGCAGGUGGACUGUGGGAAGUAUCCCGGCCUGGUGUGGGAGAACGACGAGAAGACCAUCUUUAGGAUACCGUGGAAACACGCCGGGAAGCAGGACUACAACCGGGACGAGGAUGCCGCGCUUUUCAAGGCUUGGGCGCUGUUCAAGGGCAAGUUUCGGGAGGGGAUCGACAAGCCGGACCCCCCGACCUGGAAGACGCGCCUGCGCUGCGCUCUCAACAAGAGCAACGACUUUGAGGAGCUGGUGGAGAGGAGCCAGCUGGACAUCUCGGACCCUUACAAAGUGUACCGCAUCAUCCCGGAGGGCGCAAAGAAAAGGCCCAGGCAGGAGGACAGUCCUCUGAGCCCAGUCAGCUAUCAGAUGCAUCACCCCUACCCCGCCGUGCAAACGCAGAUCCCACAGUACAUGCCGAGUCCUGAAUGCAGCUGGAGGGAUUACUGCCCAGAGCAGCCAUCCCUACCCGAGCUGUCCUUCAAUCAGUGCCCCUGUCCCCCACGGAGCCUGUCAUGGCAGACCUCAGCCAUGGAGAACGGAUACCAGCUCAGAGCUUCCAUUUAUUCCUACGGCCCCGCAGACAGUCAGCCUUCGCCUUUCCCACUGGACGCCAGCAUCAGAUCAGCAGAGGCCCUCUCAGACUUCCGCCUCCAUGUGUCGAUAUACGUACGCGACACCCUGGUGAGGGAGGUGACCACCUCCAGUCCGGAGGGCUGCCACAUCACCCCGACCCCCCAGGAGAAGCCCUACAUGUCGGCGGGCGGUCCCGACGUGGUGCAGCUGCCCGUGGAUACCCUCUCGGGCCAAAGGAGGACAGACGAAUGCCCGCCGAGUCCGCCGUCCGGCCUGGAAAGCGGGGUCUUGCUGUGGAUGGGCGCCGACGGACUCUACGCCCGCAGGAUGUGUCAGAGUAGGGUGUACUGGCAGGGAGGACCUUCGCCGUAUGGAGACAAGCCCAACAAGCUGGACAAGGAUAUCAUCUGUAAACUUCUUCACACGCAGGACUACCUUUCAGAGAUCCAGAAUUACGGGCUCCACGGUCGGCCUCUAAGUCGCUUCCAGGUCCUGCUGAGUUUCGGAGACGAGUGUCUGGAUCCUCAGAGACAAAGGCGGACCCUCACAGUCCAGGUGGAACCGCUAUUCGCCAGGCAGUUCCUGUACUACGCUCAGCAGACUAGCGGCCACUACUACCGCGGCUACGAGCAUCCCGCAGUUACGGAGCAUAUAAACGCCACCGAGGACUAUCCAAGAGCCAUCACGCACGCCCACAGCGCAGGAGUGAGCCGCGAUCGGUUUGAGUGACUGUCAAAGACCUCAGAAAGCAACCAAAAGCAUUUAAGAAAGCAAAACAAGUGCUGCAAAAUCCCAGGGACAAAACAUGGACAGCAUUGUACAUAAGCUGAAUACUUAGCGGCUGUUUACCCUGUGGUCAGUUCUGUGUCUUUUACAUGUGAGUGAAUAUUAGUUCAGUCGGUGGGAUAACACCACAAAUUACUGCGCUGUUUUAUUUUUACCACACAUUAUUCGUUUUAGGGAAUUGAAACUGACAGCGGAGGUGAUUGUACUGGAGGAAAAAAAGAGAAAAGACUCGUGCCUUAAAAGAAAAGUGUAAAACGCACUUUUGCUUUGUAAUGAGAUGAAUAUGAAAUCCAUCCUUAGAUCCAGGAUGUGACUAGCACUUGGUUAGACUAGGCUCUGUUAGCUUAGCUUGUCUUAGCGCCAGACUGGACCCAAAAAGGGCUCGCCUGACUCCAUCUUAAUCCUGCAAACUCCCACCAAUGAGCCAAGUGUUCGAUACUUAAGUCAGAACCAAAAGUAUAAUAAGAUAUAUUUACAGAAGAAUUGUUUUCUUGUUGGGUCAAAUGUUUAUCCUUGCUAGUCAGUGACUGGAGCUAAUUUUAGUCCAAACUAUGCAAUUCCAUUGUAAAACUGAGUAUUAUCUUUUUUUUUUUUUUUUUUUGUAGAACCCAGCAAAAAUUAAAAUGUUAACUUUAAGCCUUAUCCAAGAUAUGGGGGCUAUUUUAAUUAUUACAAAAUAGUCAGUAUUGCUAUUUUUUGUAAGGGUAAGCUUACUGGCUUCAAUCCAUUCUCUGACAACUAAAUGCCAGCAAGGAUAAGAACCUGUGAGUUUCUUUUUUUUUAAAUUAACAAACCUCUUGUAAAUAGUAUUUUUUUUUUGGUAUAUAUAUAUACAUACAUAUAUAUAUUGCUAGUGGACACUAUUACAACUCUUUGUAUGAAAAAACUCAGGGAGCAAAAUGUAGAUAAGCUUCUAAAACUGUAUUUUGUAUCACAGAUGUUUCACAUUUGAAUGAAGAAUGGGUUAAUCUGAA